AUGGAAGAAGACGAAAUAGGGGAAGAAGAACCGAUAUACGACGUGAUCAACGACUCGAACGAAAAAAAAUUGAAGACGACUGUAACAGGUGCAGCUGCGAGAAGAGGAACUUUUAAUCGCGCUCGAGCCUGGUCGACAGAAUCUACGGGAGACAGAAGCAAACUCCUCAUCAGACUUCGAGAAAAAUUUAAUCUCAAGCCUUCUGAAGAGUUACCGCGCAAUGAAUCGUUGUCUCCUACGACGAGCGCAGGUUUUGCUAACUCGAAAACAGUGGCGGACAAAAGACGGGCACUACGAGCUGUGAACCCCAAAACGAGGAGAUCACCUUCGUGGUAUGAAGCAAGUGUCAGCGAGGUGGAAUCGAAGCGUUCUCGUUCGAAAUCUUUGUCUUCUGGGUUUUUUAGAAGACUUAGGGACAGUAAAAGAGAGGAUAUUUUACCAGAUAGUGACAGGUGUAAACAAGAAAGCAGCUGUUGGUUUCCAGAGGAACUUGGAGAUCCCCACGGGGGAUUACAAAACGGCGCAUUACUACCCGGUCAAGAGACAAGUGAUCCGCACCCCAUGCCCACCCGUCAACGGCCCACAGGAAGCGAAAAACUAAAGAAGCGUGCUCAGUCUAUAAGUUUUCCUCUUGAUCGAGACUCGCUCAGUGGGAAAGAAGUAAAUUUUCAGGAAAAGACAGCUCAACAGUGCCGUAAUGAGCUGCCGUCACUCUCAGAAGACUUGGAGAGACUGUCACAUCUCAGCUGGUACUGGGGUCCUCUGAGCCGAUAUGAGGCCGAGAAAAUACUUGAAGGGAAGUCUAAUGGUACCUUCCUUGUUCGUGAUAGCUUUCACGAGUUCCACUUGUUCAGUGUAACCUUCAGAUCUAAAGGAAGGACCUUACACACAAGAAUUGCAUACGAUAAGGGGUGGUUUGGCUUUAUGGGCCCAGGUGGUGUGGAGACAAAAACAAAUUCUGUUGUUGAUCUUAUGGAAAAAACCAUGAAAAUCUCCCAAAGGAGAAACUUGACCCAUACAACAGGAGGACUUAUUGGUCCCUCUUAUCCAAUUCGGUUCUUGUUUCCCUUUUCAAGAUUUGAGGAGGUUCCAUCUCUUCAGCACCUGUGCAGGUUUGUGAUUCGGCAGAAUUCCAGGUGUGACAAACUGCACGAGCUGCCAAUUCCUGCAAAGCUCAUACGGUAUUUACGGGUAGAGAACCAUUAUCUCCCAGAGGGGGAGACAGAGAACUAAAUUUGUCCAAUGAGUUCUCCAGGGAAGGGGGAGGGUUCUACCUAUAGUUGUAUGAUGGCCAAUACAGGGAGGCUCCACCCAAAAGGGGUUAGGGAUUUCACUUGUUGAAGUAUCUGAAAGGCAGGGGCGGAUCUAGGGGGAGGGUGCAGGGGGUGUGCACCCCCCCCUCAGAUGACCUGCAGUUUUCUAAUACAACUGGUAUUCUGCAAAAAAAAAACUAUGUGGUUUAUUGGUGUUGAAGUAGAGCAAGAGAUGAGUGCACCCCUCCUAAAAAAAAUCCUGGAUCCGCCCCUGUGAAAGGGAAGAGAAAUAUUUCAUUUCCGUUGGUAAAAAGGCCCAAAAGGGCUAACAGAUACAUUUCAAGACUGUGAUAUAGUAGAGAAAACGUUCUAGUUUAUUAUUUCAUCUAUGGUCGACUCCUGAUAAUU